UUCAAUGAGCCCGAGCGGUGGAGAUGCGAUUGCGAGAAUAAACUUCAAUUAUUCAUCAUCCUCUCAAAUUCCUAAAAUUUAUUUAAUAGUGCGUUACAGUAUGGUCAUUUUGUUUUCUAGUUCUAGUGUUCUAUUUUGUAAUUGAGAAUUACAAUAAUAUCUAAUUAACGUUAUUCAAGUGUAAUUUAAAACAGUUUUCAUGUUAUCAUCCUCAACCCCAACAUUGUAUGUUGCGUAAGAUAUCAGGUGAUAAUCAAUCAAAUCCAUUUUAGUUCCACGAAUGAGUAGCUGGUUCACGUGUUGUUGAAGUAUUGUGUUAUGCUACCAUGUCUGCAACGAAAAGCGUUUUAUUGGAUAGACAAUCGGCCCCUCUUUUCGAGGAUAAAUGGCCUAACAUGCGACCCAUAGUGUUGAAACUCUUGCAACAAGAACCUGUUACGCAGAACGAAUGGCAAGAAUUAUUUUACUCCGUGCAUCUGGUAUGUUUAUGGGAUGAUAAUGGCGGUAGCAAAGUCAAAGAUGCUCUCAAAGAAGACAUUUCCAAUUUCAUUAAACAAGCUCAAAAAAGGGUGCUAUCUCACGAAGACGAUCAAGCUUUAUUGAAAGCUUACAUCGCAGAAUGGCGUAAGUUCUUCGCUCAGUGUGAUUAUCUACCUACACCUUUUCGUCAAGUGGAAAAUGCUAAUAAAACCAACACCGGAUUCCCUACUAAACGAAGUGUGAAAGAUAACGAUACCAUAGUUAGAAAGCUUAUGCUCGAUACGUGGAAUAGCAGUAUAUUUCAAGAUAUUAAACAACGGCUUCAGAAUUGUGCCAUGAAACUCGUGUAUGCUGAAAGGAACGGAGAAGCUUUUGAUUCUCAGUUGGUGAUUGGAGUACGAGAAUCAUAUGUGAAUUUAUGCUCCAACGUCGACGAUAAGUUAUCAAUUUAUCGCGAGAAUUUCGAAAAAGCUUACAUAGAAGCGACCGACGAUUUCUAUAGAGUAAAAGCUCCGGAAUAUUUGAGCGCGAAUGGCGUAGAAAGUUACAUGAAGUAUGCUGAGAAUAAAUUGAAAGAAGAAGAGUUGAGAGCCCAAAAAUAUUUGGAUGCUUGCGGUGGAUCAGCUCAGUUACUUGACUGCUGUGUUAGAGUGUUGGUGACCGCGUUCAAAAAUACCAUUAUUGCAGAAUGUCCCCAGAUGAUUAAGAAUAAUGAUACUGAAAAAUUGCAACUGAUGUUCAGAUUAAUCGAUCGAGUUCCCGAAGGUAUUGAACCGAUGUUGAAAGAUCUAGAAGAACAUAUAACUAACACAGGUCUUGCUGAUAUGAUUGGUGCUGCUAGUAUUAUUACACAGGACUGUGAAAAAUACGUCGAACAAUUGUUGGCUUUGUUCAAUCGAUCGAGUAAACUGGUCAAAGAUGCAUUCAAUAACGACCCGAGAUUCCUUACUGCUCGUGAUAAAGCAUUCAAGACGGUUGUGAAUGAUACUAGUGUUUUCAAGUUAGAAUUACCGACAACAAAACAGGUACUUGAAAUUCGACACUUUAACGUAUUACGAUUUUAUUCUUCUAUGUGCGAUGAUUACAUUUUGAUGUGUUAUUUGCAGGGCGCCAACGUUAAAUUUCUUCCAGAAUCUAAAUGUCCUGAAUUACUCGCUAAUUACUGUGAUAUGUUGUUACGUAAAACUCCUGUUAGUAAACGACUGACUUCUGAUGAAAUUGAAUCUAGGUUACGUGAUGUGCUUCUAGUCCUGAAAUAUGUGCAAAAUAAAGAUGUGUUCAUGAGAUUCCACAAGGCGCAUUUGACACGUAGAUUGAUUCUGAACUCGUCGGCCGAUUCCGAGAAAGAAGAAAACAUGGUGGAAUGGUUACGAGAAGUUGGUAUGCCGGCCGAUUACGUAAACAAAUUAGCUAGAAUGUUCCAAGACAUAAAAGUCAGCGAAGAUCUUAAUCAACAGUUCAAAGAGCAAUACAAAAACAUCAAAGGCAAUAUCGCUGACACGAUCAGUAUAAAGAUCUUAAACGCGGGCGCUUGGGCUCGUAGCAGCGAACGUGUCACCGUAUCUUUACCUUUGGAGCUCGAAGACUUCAUUCCAGAAGUGGAAGACUUCUAUAGAAAGAAACAUAACGGACGUAAAUUACAGUGGUAUCAUCACAUGUCCAACGGAACGAUCACGUUCAACAACAACGUUGGUAAAUUCGAGCUGGACGUGACUACUUUCCAACUGGCUACGUUAUUCGCCUGGAAUCAACGUCCAAACGACAAGAUCUCAUUCGAAAAUCUGCAUUUAGCCACCGAGUUACCAGAUCCCGAGCUGAGGAAAACGCUAUGGUCACUGGUCGCGUUUCCAAAGAUCAAGAAACAAGUAGUUAUGUACGAGCCGGAAGUACAAACGCCUAAAGACUUUAAGACAGAUACUGUAUUCUGGAUUAAUCAAGAUUUUAGUUUAAUUAAAAACGGCAAACCACAAAAAAGAGGUAAAAUAAACCUCAUCGGAAGAUUACAAUUGUCGACUGAGAAGAGUCAAGAAGAAGAUAAUGAUAGCAUCGUGCAGCUCAGGAUUCUCAGAGUUCAAGAAGCGAUCAUUCAGAUUUUGAAAACACGUAAAAGAUUAUCGAACGUUCAAUUACAAAAGGAACUCAUAGAUAUACUGAAGAAUAUGUUCCUUCCGAGUAAGAAGAUGAUUAAAGAACAAAUCGAAUGGCUAAUCGAACACCGUUACAUGAAACGAGACGAAGACGAUAUUAAUAUGUUUUUGUAUAUCGCCUAAUUUGCUCACGCAGGCUCUCAUGAGUAAAGUAAUGUAAUAAUAACGAAAGGAAGAAAAACACAUAGUGAAUACUCUGUAGCGUAACGGUCAAUGAUCGAUGUGAUUUAAAAUGAUCGUAUAAGUAUCGUUCUGUUACCCUAUUAGCGUGUGUUUCUGUUGUUGUUUUUUUUUUAAAUAUUUUAUAAUGUGUUUUUAUUAUUGUUUAAGGCGAUUUCGCCAAAAUUUUAUAUACUUUCGUUCCCUAUUUAUUGUAAUUUGUAGUAAUACUGGUGAUUGUACAGUUUUCGUAUAUUUUUAAAUAGGCAAUGUUAUGAUUUCUUGUGGCUAAUUUCAUAUAUUUUCGCCUUGUUCUUUUCGAGUUUUGUUACGAAUUCAUACAUUCAUCGUUUCGAAGGUUCACCGUUUUCGUACCUGUGAGCGCAUUGAGGUUUUACUUUUGAUUUUUCCAAUACAUUCAUAUGUUCAUGA